AUGGCUUGCUGCGAGAGCAUUCCAAAGGAGGACAUCUUCGACUCGCCGCCGCGCGUCGCGGCCAUCAAGGCGCGGGUCGACCCCGUCACCGACGCUGCUCCGUCUGUCCGCGCUGCCGGCACCCGCGAUGAUCUCGGCGCCUCUGUCGACUCGCUGCUGCCGGCUAUGGCGUCCAUCGGGCUCGGCGAGGCAGAUUCUCCGGAGGCCGUGCCUCCGCUUUGCGCCGCGCCUGCAGACGCCUCGCCGAUGGAGCAGCCGCAGGCCACGUCUCCCGACCCCUCGCGACCCGCGUUCAAGAGGCCGGGCUUGUCGGCAGCGGCAGCCCCGGUUGACGCGGGCCCGAUGCAGCCGGUUCCGACGCCGUCAAAGACGCCGGGCUCGCCCUGUGCCUCGGCCCGCCCGCACGAUGACAACGCGAUGGACGACGCGUCGCUCCUUCAAGCCGCGGCAGAGCCGCUGCCGGCAGCAGAUGCUGACGCAAUGCAGAUCGACUGCCCUGAUCUCAGCCAGUCGACGGGCGGGAGGGCCCUGAUUGAGCGAGAGAGUCCCUCGGCCAUCCUUCCCGACCCGGUCCCAGCAAAGGCCUGCUCGACGAAGCCGGUCGAGUGCAUGGCCGAGGCGGCAUCCAUCGAGGCAGUGCGGGGGAGGAAUCAAAAGCUGAAAUUCGCCGCGUUCUGGGCAAACCUGAAGGCGCUCGGCUGGACCUACGCAAAGGGCUCGGGCCUGCAGGAGCCCUUCGUGUUUCUGAAGCCCGGCGUGAAGAAGAAGUCGGGCCGGCUCGGAGUCACGAUGUUCAACGGCGAGGCGCAUCUGGAGGAGUACAUUGACGCAAGUGGCUACGCGCAGCCGGUCGACCGCGUGCCGGAUCCCGCCAAGCCCGGGCUCGAGGCGUCCGCGGGCUCGAGGCCUCCUCGGGGGCCUCCUGUGCGGCGACUGGAUCUGUCCGGCGAAGCGCCGGAGCGGUCGCCCUCCGAGGGGGAGGCGCAAGUGCUGGCCCCCAACGCCGCUGCUCCUGAGCCAGCCGCUGUGGCCGCCACCGCCUCCGCCGCACGCACGGGCUUCGAGAAGAUCAACGCCGGCUGCCUCGAAUGGUUCGUGCCUCUCGCCCCGGCCGACGCUGCAGCCCUCGCGACAGAGCCAGAGAGGGGCGAGGCCGAGCGGCAGCGCCUCUCGGCCGGCCCUCCGAGGGGCAGGCCUUCGCACGAGGAGGAGGGCCCCGGGACGCCUCCCGGCACGCCGCCGCCGGAGGAGGAGCAGGAGCAGUGGCUGCUGACGGGCCACCACCACCUCGGCCGGCGGAUCGCGCGCUCGUUUGGCGAGGACGAGCCGAUGUUCGGCCGCGUCACGCGCUGGCUUCCGGCGGACGAGGCGAGCGGCGAGCCGGCGCUCUUCCACUGCGUGCACGACGACGGCGAGAGAGGGGCGCCGGCGGAGGAGGUGCUGGCCGCGCUGCAGACAGCGGAGGCAGCGGCGAUGGAGUUGGAGAGGCAGGCGGAGGGCGAGGCUCCGGUGGUGGAGGCGGAGGGGCUGAAGCUGCACUUGUCCAGCCGCAGCAGCACCGGCUACAAGGGCGUGCGCGAGAUGGAGUCCGGUCGCUUCUACGCCGCUCGCAAGGACGGUGGACAGGACAAGUACCUCGGAUCCUUCGACUCGGCGGUGGAGGCAGCGGGGCUGAAGCUGCACAUGUCCGACAAGAGUGCUACCGGCUACAAGGGCGUGUGCUAUGAGCACCAGCGCGGCCGCUACCGAGCAUUCCGCACCGAGGGGGGCAGGACCGUCUACAUCGGCGUCGAGGUGCGCAAGCCGAGCGAGGAGGAGGCGGCGGUGCUCGCGGCGACCUUCGCCCAAGACCACCUCCCAAGAGAGUGCCGCGUCGCUCUGCUGAUGCCAGACCAGUGCCAGACAGGCGCCAUGCGCAAGGCCAAGGAGGCCCACGGGUCGACAGUGCGCGGCUGGAGGCUGCAGCUCAAAAAGAGGCCGGCCAAGGAAGGCAAGCCCGACGCCUUCGACAUGCAGGCGGGAGAGCGCGCUGCUCGUGGCGCCCUUUGGCGGGGAGAUGUGUUUGCGCCGGGCAGCAAGAAGGCGCUCGUCUCCACCGUCGGCAUCAAGCGCGCGAUGGGCCUCCUCGCGCAGGCCGCGGCGGUGCCACAGCCGGCGGCGAGCGCGGCGGGCGGCGAGCUGGCGGCCAAGCAGCCACCGGCCGCCGCGAAGCAGCCUCCUCAGUGCGCGAGCGACGCGGAGACGCCGCCGGAGCAGCUCCCCGGCAACUCGUCGCCUGCGCUCCCCGGCGGCGACGAGUCGGCGAGCCAGACUGGCGGGGAGCAGUGGCUGCUGACGGGCCACCACCACCUCGGCCGGCGGAUCGCGCGCUCGUUUGGCGAGGACGAGCCGAUGUUCGGCCGCGUCACGCGCUGGCUUCCGGCGGACGAGGCGAGCGGCGAGCCGGCGCUCUUCCACUGCGUGCACGACGACGGCGAGAGAGGGGCGCCGGCGGAGGAGGUGCUGGCCGCGCUGCAGACAGCGGAGGCAGCGGCGAUGGAGCUGGGCCGGCGUCUGGGCGAGGGGGUGGCGGGUAUGCUCAGCCCGACAGCGCCGGUCGAGGUGCGCAAGCCGAGCGAGGAGGAGGCGGCGGUGCUCGCGGCGACCUUCGCCCAAGACCACCUCCCAAGAGAGUGCCGCGUCGCUCUGCUGAUGCCAGACCAGUGCCAGACAGGCGCCAUGCGCAAGGCCAAGGAGGCCCACGGGUCGACAGUGCGCGGCUGGAGGCUGCAGCUCAAAAAGAGGCCGGCCAAGGAAGGCAAGCCCGACGCCUUCGACAUGCAGGCGGGAGAGCGCGCUGCUCGACUCUGCGCUGAGGAGCACGCCGGCGACCUGCGCUUCCAGGUGCUGCGCGGCGGCGCGACCAGCGCUGCGGCGGGCGGAGGGGCGCUGCUGGCGCUGCUGCUGUACUGCGACCUCGUCAACGCGCAGCUGCCGUCGAUGACGCUCAAGUACAUCACCAAGCUCGUGCUCCGCUCGGACCACCGCUCGGUCAGUCUCGAAUCCAGUGUGGGUUCAGGCGGGGUGACGUACCGCCCCUUCGUGCACGGCGAGCCGGACGGCGGCUUCGCCGAGCUCACCUUUUGCGUGGUGCGGAGCGACACCCAGGUGCGCGGCCUCGGCACGCGCCUGAUGAACCACCUCAAGGCCCAGCUUGUCGGACUGGGCUGCAACAGCCUCCUGACGUACGCAGACGAGUCGGCAGCCGCCGGUAGAGCGCUCGGCUUCUUCCUGCAGCAGGGCUUCACCGACUCCGUCUCGCUCCCCGCGGCGCGCUAG